AUGCGUGGAAAUUAUGAUGUGUGGUUUCGAGCGAACUCGCCAGAGCACUAUGACAAGCUGUUGCGGGGUGAACGACCACUGGUCGAGUUAACUAUGCGGCAGCUAUGCGUCCGUUCUCUUCGGUUAUGCAAGCAACUCCCAAACUCUCCGAUCACGUGGCUCUUCCUGGUUCUUCUCGGAUCCAUGGCUGCAGCCUACGGGCUAUUGGUCGACAAUUGGGUCCGAACUCUCUUCAGGUUCCGUCGUGCUAUCAUCGAGUCUGUGGGGACGGACUCUUUUGCCGGUUUCCUGUGCUGGCUGUGCUGGUGUGUGACAUUGGCCAUGCUCGCAACUUGCUGCGGAUACUUCAUCUCUCCUGCAUCCGAUGGCUCUGGGAUCCCCGUUAUGCGUGCAUUAUUUGCAGGGGUAUACCAGAAUCCGGGAGACAUGCUGUCGUUUCGCACUCUCGUAGCGAAAUCGCUGAGUACAGUGAUCGCUUCGGGCAGUGGGCUGUCAGUUGGUCGAGCAGGACCAUUUACCCACCUCAUGGCUAUGAUCGGCUACCUGAUGAAUAAACUGGCGCUGUUUCGGCGCGUUAACUUUGGCCAGGAGAACUACAACUUCAUUCGAGCUGCUGUUGCUUGUGGCACGACUGCAAAUUUCGGUGCUCCACUGGGUGGAUUGUUGUUCAGUAUUGAAGUCACGGCCAAGUACUACGAGAUCAAAUGUUUGUGGGAAGGCAUUAUUUGCUCCUCUGUGUGCAUUUUAGUCUUCAACGUCAUCACAUUUAUCAAACGAGAUGUACUUUUCGAACGCACCACGUUCGCUGGCUUCGAUAUGGACUACGAGAUCUUCGCCUUUGUGCUGUUAGGAGUGGUCACUGGCAUUGGAGCUGGUAUCUUCUGUCGUCUCGCUGUGGUGCUUCGAUGGGCGCAGAUGAUGUUAUUCACUAAGCUAGGUCUUAACGGACCUUCACUUAAGCGCCGAACAGUCCACAUCGUCACAAUUUGUGUGGCUACGACGAUUUUAACAUACCCUCUGGGCAUCAUGCGCCUUUCAGAUCGGUCGAUUGUCAACGAAGUAUUCCGUGACCAAGAUCUGAGUUUUCCUCAAUGGAAACAGAUUUCAGAAUACCCACAAGUGACGCUCUUCGUCUAUAUUAUCCUGAAGUUCAUGGUAUCUCUACUGCCGUGUGGAGCUCCGAUCUCGGUGGGGGUCUUCGGUCCUCUGUUCACAAUCGGAGCUGCAGUUGGCCGACUGUAUGGAGAAACCCUAAUGAGAUACUGGAAUCCGACACAGUCACCGGCUACGUAUGCAGUUGUGGGCGCCGCGUGCUUUGCAGCGUCAGCUACUCAGACAGUGUCAACAGCUGUGAUUUUCUUCGAACUUACGUCUCAGUUGAGUCACAUGGUCCCCGUUAUGACAGCGUGUACUGUAUCGUACUUUGUGUGCGGUGCUAUUUCGCCUUCUAUCUACGAUAUUCUGGCUGGCUGGGCGGGGCUUCACUCGGUUUGCUAUGAUCUGAACGAACACGUGCUGAGUCAGAAGAUUGCAGUGGAUUAUAUGAGUCCUGUACCGGUUUUCUUUACGAGGGAGACGACAUACGACGAAGCUAUUCAAGCUCUGAAUACGCACAAGAAAGAAGAGUAUUUUCCGGUUUGUGAUAACCCCGAAACUCAACUGCUCAUUGGAUGUAUUCGACGCUAUGAUCUUGAGAUUGCUGUCGCUCGAUUCAUUGCAGCUCAUCGGAAGCAGAUGCCUGAUGCCAAGGAUCCAAACGUUUCGCUGAGAGUUCAACUGUUAGUGUCGAAGAUUCUUGACAUUGACAAGAAGAAAAGCGCAAUGGUUGAGGAUUAUUCACUUGUUGAUUUCCAGCCGAAAGACGCCACUUCGCUUUCGAGUCCGCUUGAAUUGGGUCCACCAUUUCAUGAGUACGCAUUCACCGCGGUACCCGUGGAGAGCUAUCCGCCUCAGGUAUCCGAGGACGUGAAUCUCUACCGGGUGCACAAGAUUGCAGCGAUGAGCGCUUGGACAAAAGUCUACGUAGUAAGACUCAGCAAGCUGCUGGGUGUCAUCAAUCUCGAUUCGUCUCUCACUAAGCUGCGCUCGGAAGAAGACCUAAUAAUGCUAGCUCCGUAACUAUUUCCAUACAGAUCAGAACAAAAAUCUUCAGUAACUCGAUUCAAAUACACUGAGC